AUGUUAGCGAGACGGUAUCUUGCGUGGAGAUUAGCUGUGGAGGCUGACCAUGAUGAGGAGCGACAGGAGCUCGUAAAGAGGCGAAAAUUAAAUGUGCCCAGCCGUAUCUCUGACACUCACUUUGUGCAGCGGUAUCGGCUAACCAAGGAGGGAUUUAUGUUUCUCUGUGAGACCUUAAGGGAAAAUACAAACCUUAGGGGUUCACAAAGAAUAUCAUUGGAGACUAAGGUACUAAGUGCGCUGUUAUUUUACGCCAAUGGGGACUACCAGAGAGUGGUUGGGAUUGCCAACUCUUUAUCACAAGAGGCAAUUAGCCGUUACAUUCAACAAGUUGCAGAUGAAAAAUGUCACAUUUUGGCAAUCAACCCUAAAUUUGGGGGUGCUAGCCAUGAUGCCUUUGUGUGGGAGAACAGCCAGCUCAACACAUACAUGCAAACAUUGCAUCGAAAUGGUGAAUCUGUGUGGCUUCUAGGUGACUCUGGAUACCCACAAAGACCGUGGCUUAUGACACCAUAUAAUAACCCUGCACCCGGUAGUGCAGGAGAAACAUUCAAUAAGUUACACAGCAGGGCGCGUGUAACUAUUGAAAAUACAUUUGGGCGCUUGAAAAAUAGAUGGAGAUGUUUGUGUAAGGAUAGGGUGCUCCACUACAAGCCGGAAAAAUGUGCCCAAAUUAUUUUAGCAUGCAGUGUGUUGCACAACAUAGCACUGGAUUUAGGAGUGCCAGAUCCUCAGGAACAAACAAUAGUUAAUAAUCAAGAUUUUCCUGAAAAUGAUGAGGUAGAGGAUGAUGUUACCCUGUUGACACUAGGGCGCUUAUUGCGUGAUCGCAUUGCCAGUAGGGUGCAUGCUGAAGCUGUU